CCCAAACCAGGAUCAGCCCUACCUAUCAGGGCCCGCCGAGCCGAGGUUGAUUGAUUGCAGCAGCGCAACAGGGGCCGAACCAUCGGCGGACUGCUGAAGACUGGGCACCAGCAGCGAGGGAAUGUCAUUGACCCAACACCAACCAAACUUGGAACCUCCAACAUAUGCUCUGCAAUAGCAGAGCUCGGCAUCGAUUGAAGACACCAUGUUCGCAGCAACCGGACGAUGGUUCAGGCGCAACCGCACGCCCAUUGCCAUUGGCAUGGGCGUCGUCGGCGCCGGCUACGUCGCCACGAAUUAUGUCUUGGGCAAGUUACGCGACGCCCGGGAGCGUAUGAGUAGCGAUCGCAUCGCAAAGGAGAACCUGCGCCGCCGCUUCGAGCAAAACCAGGAGGACUGCACCUUUACUGUCCUCGCCCUCCUCCCGACUGCGACGACCAAUAUCCUCGAGGCCAUGAAUACGGAGAAGAUUACGUACGAAAUUCAGCAGAUGAAGGGCUCGGCCGUGGCUAGGACCCGUAGCAUUGGGUCGACUAGCCCACCCAGCAUGUCCGAAACGAACGCAACCGACGACGACGGCCGCAGCAUCAUCACCGUGAGCGCGCAAAGCGAGGCUGGCAUGCACACGACGCAAAUCUCGGUGGCGACACCGUCGUCUACCGCGGUUUCGGAGGGUGGCGCUGCCGAUGCGCCGCAGACGCUCAUGGUUCCGCAAAAGCCACGGAAGACCAAGAGGCAGCUCUGGGACGAGCUCACGAUCAGUUCGAUCACGAGAGCAUACACUCUCCUCUAUACCCUCAGCCUCCUUACAAUGCUCACAAGGAUACAACUUAACCUGCUUGGCCGACGUAGCUACCUCUCGAGCGUCGUCUCUCUCGCGACAGGCGGCAACGGCACCCCGGGCACCAUCAGCCUGGAGAACAACGACGACGACAGCGCCGACCAAGCCUACGGCACCGACUUCGACGUGAACCGCAAGUACCUGACAUUCAGCUGGUGGCUGCUCAACCGCGGCUGGGUCGACGUGAUGCAGCGCGUCGAGGGCGCCGUGCGCCAGGUCUAUGGCCACCUCAGCCCGCGCGACACGGUCACGCUCGACACCUUCGCCAAGCUCAGCCACGACGUGCGCCGCCUGAUCGAAGGAAAUGCCCCCUCAAAAGGAGCCGGAACUGCCUGGCUCCCCUACCUCCUCCCGCCGCCCGGGAUGGAGGAGUUCGUCCUGCGCGAGUCGGGCGUCCUCGACUCGGACCCCCUCGACGACGCCGCCCAAGGCAACCCCGCGCCGCCGGGCCCAUCCUCGCCCUCCUCGGCCGUCUCGCUCCGCCGGCUGCUCGACGAGACGGCGGACCUGAUCGAGUGCCCGCACUUCGCGCACGUGCACGCGCAGCUCCUGGACGCGGGCUUCUCGGCGCUGCUGGAGCAGAAGCUGGUGGCGGGGGUCUUCGACGGCGCGACGCUCGAGGCCGACCCGCUGGGCGGCGCGGGCGCCGCCGCCAGCCGCGCCGUGCUCCUGCCCAAGAUCCUCAGCGUGCUCACCCGCCAGGCCCACGCCGUCGGCCACGGCAUGCCCAACGAGUACCUGCAGGCCAUGGAGGCCGUGCCCGACCUCGAGGGCUUCGCCGCCGUCGUCUACUCGAGCAACUGGCAGGCCGAGAUCGUGCCGGACGACGGCGCCGCCGGUGACGUUCCCGCCAGCCCGGGGGGGUCGACCAAGAUCGGCGGGUCGUCGCUGGCCUCGCUGCCUGGGGCUAAGGCGGCGGUGCCCCCCAAGGGGCUGGAGGCGGGCGAGGCGAGCUUGGUUAUGGUGGAUAAGACGGAGGGGGAGGAUAAGGCGGACUUGUUUGAUAGUGUGUGGGAGAAGGCGAGUGCUUCCAAGUAAUCUCGGGUCGGUUGCGGGUAUUCUUUUAGACUUUACGACUUUUUAUAUGGGUGUGUAUUUAUAUAUCAUUUUCCGACCUCUAUCACGGUCAUGCUUCAGGCGGCUUGGGAGUCGGGGCUAAGAAUUGGUGGGCGGGCAACAAGACGGGCAUGAAUAAACGUACUUAAUGGGGGGUGUUGCUACGGGGCAGGGUUGGCAUACUGCGGAGGCGGUUUGAAUACAGCGAAGCUACUAGGACUCGGCCGGCCCUCGCUAGAGUCUAGGCGAUAUGCAGUGGUGUUCAUAGGAGAUAGGUCAAAGCUACGGUUAAGGCCGUUUGUUCGCUAUUGUGAU